ACGUCCCAUCGCUCUCUUCUAACUGGCCGUGGAAAUGCCGGCUCAUUUCUUAACCUCGCUGGAUGUUCGUGGGAUCUCACCUGUAAAUGACACAAGGACAUCGGCGUUGUGAGCCAGUGGAAUUAGUCAAGCAUUUGUCACCGUAGAGUCGUCGGAACGUUGCAUGACUUUAUCGUCUGCUUCUAUGGGUGGGAAUCAGUUAGUCGAGGCCAUGGCUCUACCGGAAGUGUUUUUAGAGGAAGAUGAUCGCAUGGCAAAUGAGACUACUAUGGCAUGCAUUGUUCCGAAUAACAGCGAGGAACUUUUGUCGGAACUGAACGACGAGAAGGCUAUGCUGUAUCUACCAGUGAUCAUUUACAUGGGCAUUCUUCUGUUUGUGGGGACGUUUGGGAACAUUCUCGUGUGUUGUGUCUACUGCUCAAAACGUAGGAAAGGCUCCUCUGACUACUUCAUUCUGUCUCUAGCUGUCCUGGAUAUGAUUAGCUGUGUCGUUGGCAUGCCCACAGAGAUUGCCGAUUUACGGUUCCCUCUCAGGUUUAAUUUGCCGGCAGCUUGUAAGCUUUUACGAUAUUCAGAAUCGUCCACCAUCGUGGCUUCCGCGCUCAUCCUUAUCGAUGUGGCCUUUGACAGAUACUUCCGGAUAUGCAAGAUUUCCAAAGUGUUCUCCUCAAAGAAAACCAAACGUCUUUGCAUAGGCGCCAUUAUAUUUGGCUUUGUGAUCUCAUGGCCCACCGCCAUAAUAUUUGGACGAAAGACCGCGGAAACUCGAAUUCCUUGUCUCACCGGGGUGGACUGCUCCACUACAGACGAAAUGAGAGACACGAUUUUCCCCAAACUCUGGUACGGAUUCCUUGGACUGACAUUCGUCUUGUGUCUUCUGUUUCUUACCGUGCUGUAUAUUUGUAUAGGUGUCGAGGUGUGGAAACGCAAAAAUUCGAACAUCGGCGAAAAGAUGUCUCCUAAUUCGCGAAAGCGAUGGGAAGAGGAACGGACUCGUCGCCAGAGUUCAGCGGACGACAGCAGCUGCGCCGUAUCGGCAGAGACCAGCCAGUCGAACGGAAAACACAACUCCAUUAAAUCCAAAAGCAACAAAACCAACAUGAAACCUCGGCGGACUACAUUGGUGCUUUUCGUCGUAACAUUGGCCUUUGUUAUCAGCUUCCUUCCUUUCCUCAUCGUCAUGAUUCUGAGGAGUUUUGUCACAGAUUUCGAGAUAAACCUUACCCCCUUACAGGAAGUCAUCUACAAGUUUUGCCUGAAAUCUUACUUUAUCAAUAGUGCCGUCAAUCCAGUUAUUUAUAGCUUCUUAAAUGAAAACUUCCGACGUCUUGUUGGCAAACAAAUCCACAGAGCAAUUGGUUGUUUUCGGAGUAAAGAUUCUAAACAGCUGAACGUUUCGAAAUCAAACGUGUAGAGGCUUCAGAUGCUGAUAAUGAAUCCAAAA